UCUACUUCCAUGCGCUUUUCUCUUCGUUCUGCCACUCAGAACGUGGCGGUGACGCCCGACCAGCGCUCACGUGACGUUUUCGCCGCGCUCAGUUUGUGCGCAACCAUGCUGCAAACACUUCCCGUGUUUAUCCACGCGCGUGGCUUCCCCCCGGUUGUUGUUUUGGCGCCGUGGUUUGUCCGCGUCAGACACAAACCGGGGCUUUGACUGAUUCCGCUGUUUUCCCGCCCGCCUCUCUGGCCGUCGUGGUUCUUCACCAAAGGUCUGCGGCGCCGGUUAACGUAAUGUCAGAAGGAGUUGCUUCUCCAUCCGGUGCUCAGUCAGAUGCGUUCAAGGAGACCGAUCUGUCGGUGGAGCCAUUCCGCCUUGCGCUGACCAGCUCCCACCCUGAUCGCGUGAAGCACGUGUCACAGAUGCCCUCCGUGGAACAGCAGAGAGGACCGGACGCAGACAGUGAUUCCGGGGACAGCUUGUUUAUCACGCAGAAGUGUGUACCUGAGAGGCGAAGGCGCUCCAGCAAGAGGUCAGACUUCAGGACCCACAGAGAUGCAUCAGAGCAUGAAUAUGACACCUCCAGCUCCGAAGAGGAGCAGAGAUCGGGCAGAAAGCGGAGGACGGAGGGCUUCAGAACACCGAGGUUCACCUUUCCUUUCCUCCAGAAGACGCUGACGACUAGGUUACCUUAUUAUCAGAACAGAAAACUACACUAUUACGCGAUGGGGGGUUACUUCAGAUGUGUCGAGGAGCUCUGGGAGAGCUAUCAAACCGGAGAAGGUCAGGCGGCGUCUUCACGCACCGUGGACGUGGACGGAGAGCCCCUAUCGCCGAUGUCAGAAGAAGAGCAUGGGUCCGCAGAGGGCGAAGAACUCAAAGUGGUGGAGAAGAAACUUUUUGUCGCAUCGAGAGCGAAAAGCUCCCAACCUUGGUACAAUCCGAAAAAGACGUCCAGCGAGGAAACGCGGCAGGAACGGAGCAACGCUGGAUCGGGGUCACAGAGAGGCCAAAUAUUGACCGGGGCAUCCUUGUCGAACGAGACGUCCUACUUGAAAACAAAGGGGUCCGAUGAAAGCCCCGGCGAGACAGAGUUAGGCAAUGGACGUGCGGCUAAGGCCGGAAACCUCCCUGCUGAAGCUGAAACGGGAAAGACAAACGGAUCUCCAAGGAAAAAAAGUGAAGCUUGUGAUCUUUUUCCAAAAGAAACCGGAGAGUCGCUCGUGAACGGCUUGAGCGCUGAGCAACGCGGCAGAGAGUCGGCAGAACCUCACGCCGGGGUGGGCGAACAAAUCGAACAAAAAGGAGACGAUGACGAGCGCAGCAGGAUCAAGGCAAAGAAGGGGAAGAAGAAGGAGAAAAGGGACAAGAGAGGUGACGAACGUGUAGACGGAGAGCCGGCCGAGGGUCAGCCGGCUGAUCCCUCGCUGAGCGUGAAUGUCGCCGAGGCACAGGAGGCUCCCUGUAUGGAGAGGAAGAAAAAGAAGAAGAAGAAACGUGAAAGCGAAGAGUGGAGUCAGAAGGUGGAUGGACGACCAGAGGAGAGGGAGGAGGACCACUCUGUGUCGAUGUGGGAAACUGAGAUUGGUGGACAGGAGAGGAGGGAAACAAAGGAAGGGCGCACAGACUCUGCUCCAGAGCCUACAGCUGAUGAUGGACACGUCCUGAAGAAAAGGAAAAAAAAGAAAAAGGACCCAGAUGGCUCUUCAGUUCCGCCUCAAACGCCCACAGAACACCUGGAGGCCAUAGAUCAUUUAGAGGAUGGCGAAGCUUCUCAGGAAGCUUCGGACCCGAGUGGCUUUAAAAGAAACAAGCUCAAAAAGAAGAAGAAGAGGCGAUCUCUUCCUGAUGACAAUCAGACAGAUGUGGACUUAUCGAACGACGCGGCGACCGUGGCGGAAGAUACAGACUCUGUUAAAAAGAAGAAACCAAAAAAAGUCUCUGAGCCGGUCCGGCUUCCUGAACAAGAGGAAAGCGUAGACGAUGCUCAGGAAGAGAAGCAAGAUGUUGAGCUGGAGUCCAGAAAGAAAAAGAAGAAGAAAAUGGGAGGCGAUAUCGGCUUGAAUAAUGCUGUGGACUCACUGGCAUCUAGUGAUAAUACAGAGCUUGUGCGCAAAAAGAAGAAGAAGAAGAAGUGGACCGCUUCCUUCCUUUCUGCUGAUACAGAGGAAAAUGUUGGCCAAGGUCCUGAGGAGCAGGGCACUCCUGUGCGGACUGCGUCUGCUCAUAUGGGGAAGUCCGAGAUCAGCGCCGGCGAUUCGGUCGCCCAAUCAGCAGAUGUUUCUGAACAUCGGCAAGAAUCAAAAGGUGUCAAGAAGAAAAAGAAGAGGUCAGCAGCUCCCCCAGAGGGCGAGGAGAGAGAGGCGGAGGAAACGUCUGAAGCAGGGGUCAAGAAGAAGAAGAAACGGAAGAGAACCGAGAGCCUCACGGGAGGUUUGGAGAGCGUUGCUGACGAGGAGCGUUCUCCGCCUGCAGAAGCGGCCGCCGUGAGGAAGAAGAAGAAGAAACAAAAGAAAGGCUCACAGGAUGUUCUGACAGACGCCGCUGAGCAUGCUGAAUCAGAAAAACUCGCAUCAAACCCAUGUGGUUCCCUUUCAAGCAGUCGAUGGACCACGGAAACGCGUCUGACCGAAGGUGCACCCGGAACCGUAAAAGAGAGGAAAAAGAAGAAACCUGCUGAGAGAAAUGUGGCUGAAGGGAAAUCAGAGACGCAGCAAACCAGGAAGGACGCGACGAAGCCAGCGGCUGAUCCCAUCUCCACCUCACCUCCAACGUUCCCAUCAGCCCACGGGACCACCUCCUCUCGCCGCAUCGAGGGGAAAACUGGCGGUCGCGUAAAAAGAAGACUUCAUAAUCCUGAGCAGGACUUUCUCUCAGAGCCAAGCUGCUGACCAGACAGAUAGAUCACCAUGGCAGCUUUACUUUUUUUAUUGGAACCUGGCAACCGCUGUAGGUGGACAAUGUAGAAAUAUAAAACCUUCUUGGGUUUUUUUGAAUUAGAUUACAUAAAAUACAUAUUUAGUUUUUUUGUAUUAAAGCAUUUUUUUACUUGAAGGAUUGUCAAUUGUUUUUAAGUUGAGAUGUAAAAUACAACUUUUAAUACAAAGAAAUCGAAAC